ACUGGUAUUUCGGGCUUUGUCCAUCGUCCGGUGUUCUAAAACCUAGAGAACACAAAGUUUCGCAAACUGGAUCUAAGUCCAAAUUCGAAACAAAGUCCAAAAAAAAAAACCCAACAAUUCUGACUCCGUGACUUAUUUAUUUGAAACGAAUAAAGUGUCUUUAUCUACUAGUGUAUAAUACGAUAAGAUAACAUAGCUUAAUAGGAAGAUAAUAUCUGCGAUUGUCUUCUCUAGGUAGCCUGCUUAGCGAAAUAUGUUUACGAAUGAUUGUAACAGAGAAGUAGAUGUGGUGCAGUGAAGAUGUCGAAGAAGGGCAAAUCUAAUUCUUCGUCUGGAGCUCAUGCACCCGAUGAGAGGAACAUAGAAUAUAACGAGGGAAAACUUCAUGAUGUAAUAAGCAGUUUGCGUGAUCUAGUUUCAGAGGAAAAGAAGCUGAAAGUGAGAAAGGACGACAGUUUCAUGUUACGAUACCUGAGGGCCAGCGAUUUCAGGCCUAAAGAAGCUUUUGAAAAGAUGGUGAAAGUCUACAAAUUUAAGGCCAAACACGAGAAAUAUUUUUGCAGCAAAUCUCCUUCGGAAUACAAGGAACUUCUUUCACAAAAUUUCAUCACAAUUCUGGAGGACAGAGAUGAAACUGGACGUCGUUUAAUUUUGGCCAAAUUGGGUGAUAUCGACACCAACAAGACGUCCGUCAUGGAAUGCGUCAGACUGAAUGACUUAUGGAUGGAACUGGCGAUGGACGAAGAAGAGACCCAGAAGAACGGAAUUGCGAUCAUUCUAGAUCUGGGCGGUCUUCCUAUGAGACUUUUUAAAUUCCUGACUCCUAAAGUGACGAUAAUAAGUGCACUAAAGGAAGAGAUGCGACCAUGGAAGAAAAUUGAUAUUCAUGUGGUCAACACUUCCUCACUUUUGGACAAGUUAGUCAGCAUCGUGUACCCUCUACUCGGCUCGGGAAUAAAGCAACAUAUCCAUUUUCACGGGCAAGACUGGACAUCGGUGCACAAGUUCAUUCCACCUGAAGUCCUGCCAGAGGAGUAUGGUGGUUAUAAACCUCAAGUGGACUUCCCAAAAAUGCACAAAUAUUUAUACGACAAUGAAGACAAGUUAAUGGAACUGUUCUCCUUGGGAUACGUCAAAUCAUGAGAAGUAAAAAUGGUUUAGCGACAUCGACGCUCAGUCGGUAUAAUUGGCGCGCAUCCUACAGAUAAUGUCUAUCCGUCCAGAUACUUUCCUAGCCAUCAUCUGUACAGGUCUGUUGUCCGACUGAAACGUUUACAUUAUGUUCCUACGUGAUAAAUUUUUAACUUCAGAAAUGUAGUAAGAUUUGAGGUUUUCACAGCGGCGACUAUGAAGAAUGCCGUCUUCUGGGAUGCGGCACCGUGUAGAUCUUAUGUGAACCGACGUUUCGGAGGAACGUAUCGCCUCCAUCUUUAGGGUAGAAAAAUCCACGGGCGAGGAACAAGUUUGGGCAGAUGGCUGCAGUCAAUUUUAUACUUAUGUGUUAUUAAUUUAUUUAUAAAACUACCUGAUGACGGUCUGCGCGACCAAAACAUGUAGUGCUUUACUUACUUACUCAUGGA